AUGUUAGUAUACGUUCUUAUAGUGAUUUUUGCUAAUUAUAAACAAAUUGUUAGUCAGUCAUGGAAUACAUCUGAUGGUCUUCUUCCAUGGGAAUCAUAUAUACAAUUAAGUGAAAUACAACGACCACUUGGUCUUACAAUUGAUCGAUCAUCACUUGCACAUUAUCAUUUUGCUAUUGGAUAUUUUUGUUUCCAUUCAUUUAUGUAUGAUGAAGCACAAGAUGCUUUUGAUCUAGCAAUUAAUAUUACACCGACAUUCGUUGAAGCUUAUAUUGGAAAAAUGCUUGCAUGUAAACAUGCAUUAUGGUCAUAUACUGAUUUUGAUUGUGGCUUAGCAGUAUAUAAUGCGACUAUAUCAAUGUUGAACACAUCAUUUAUAACACUUUCACCAUUUCAAUCAUCAUUACUUGCAACAGUUUAUCAAUGGUAUGCAAAUGAAUCAUCGAUUACAGUUGGAGAACAAGCAUUUUUAUCAUCAAUAACUAGUUUAUCAGAAACAUAUCCAAAUGAAACUGAUAUUCGUGUUUUAUGGGGUCUUUCUCUUCUUAAUGUAGCUUUUGGACAAGAAUUUCAAGGUCAAAUGGAACCUGCACCAAUGAUAGAAGCAAGAGAAGUAUUGAAAACUGCUCUAGCAUCUGAACCAAAUCAUCCAGGUGCUCUUCAUUAUUUAAUACAUGCUUAUGAUGUUGCUCAGAAUAAUAUAUCUGUAAACGCAAUAGAUUAUAUAUCAACGUAUCAACCAUUAGUUAAUACAUUGUCAUACCCACAACAUUUAAUGACUCAUAUUUAUAUGCGUACAGGUUCACUGCUGUUAGCUAAAUCAUCUGAUGAAAGAUCUAUUCAAGUUAGUUUAACAUUGUGUUUAGUUAAAAUAAUGAAUCGUAUGGUAUCUAAUGUAUCUUCCACUCAACUUGAACUUGUUUUGACUCAACUUAAUACGACAGAUGAAAUAUCAUCAUUUCUAUUAUGUGAUGCUGACAAUCGAGCUUAUGCAACAGAAUGGCUUUCAUAUUCUCGUUUACAAACAGGUGAUUGGCUUGGUACAUUAUCUUUAAUAAAUGAUUUGUAUAUUGCUUAUAAUCAAUCAUUGACACCAUCAACUCAUCAUUUAUUAUUUGCAUAUCGUGCUCUUGCACGUGCUGCUAUCAAUCUUUUCUAUUGGUUACCAUACGAUAUUCAAAUUGUCAAUAAAAUACAAGAAUUAGUGGAAGUCGGUAAAAUUCUUCCAUUUGUUACAUUUGAUGACAAUAGCACAGAUGUUGUUCUAGCAUGGAGUGAAGCUGGAUAUCGAUUCAGUGAUUGUAUUCGAUUAUUAAAUACCAAUAAUACAGAUUAUAAUCAGUCAAUAAUAGAACCAAUAAUAGAUGAACAUUUUGCUCAUUUUUCUUUACUUUCUAAUCAAACUGCUUCAUUAAAUCCAUAUAUAUCAACAAGUAUAUCAAUGAUGAUAUCUCAAAUUCAAGGAAUUAUUUAUUUCAAAAAUAAUUCAUAUCAAGAAUGUUUAAAUAUAUUAAAUGAAGCUACUCAACGUGAAUUAAAUCUUGUUAUUGAUAAUAAUAGUCCAAUUUUAAUUUAUGCACGUUCAUCGGAAUUAUUAGCUAUGCAUUUAUUACUUAUUCAUCGAAUAUAUCAAAAUCAAUCGGAACCAAGUAUUCCGACAUUUAUGUUAAAUGGUACACAAGUAUCUAUAAGUGAAUUUCCACAAUAUGCAUUAAAUCUCUAUCAAAUAGCAGAUAUAUCAGCACCUAAUCGAGCGAUUAAUAUACUUGGUAUGGCUCGAGCCAAUUCACAACUUCGUUCUAAUGAUGAAGCAGUAAAAUUCUAUCGAAAAUUACUUGAUCAAAUAAAUGCUUCGAAUAAUACUGAUCCAUUAUUUUCUCAAGAAGCAACAGAUUUUAUUGCUCAGAAAGAAAGCAUGGGAAAUUCUGCUAACAGUAAUCAAUCGUGGUUUUUAUUUAUUUUAAUUGUUUCUAUAUGUUUCAUUUUUUAUUAAUUCAUCAAUAAUAUUUUUGCAAUCUUAAAUUCCAUUAAUAUAAUUAUCGAAACUCAAUUAUUUUUUCAAGAUUUAUUUAGAUGAAUCAAUUGAUAGUAUAAAAAAAUAAUGCUGAAAUAAAAUAUACAAACUACUAAUUCCUAUCUAUAAAAUGAUACAUUCAAUGUAAUACUAUAUGAUCAGUUUUCUAAAAUCUUAGGCUAUAGAAGCAAAAUAUAUACUAUAAAUACUAAAAAUGAUUCAAACAGAUUUCGUUCAAAAUUCAGCAAACAUUACAGACAAAAAUUGCUGAAUGUUGUAUCUUAUAUUUCUCUCUUUACGAAAUACGACAUUUUCAAUCGUAAGUAUUGGAUAAGAAUCAACUUUUCGCCUAUUAAUCUUACAUAUAGCACAAUAA